AUGGGCAUUCACGGCAUCUACAAAGAGAUCGGCCCCGGCGAGCGCAUAGCCCUGCACAAGCUUGCGCUCGAGAAGUUCGAAGAGACCGGACGGCCCCUGCGCAUUGCCAUUGACACCUCUAUCUGGCUGUUCCAGAUUCAGUCCAGCAAAGGCGGCACCAACCCUGCGCUCCGCACCUUCUACUACCGGCUGUUGCGCCUCCUCACGCACUCUAUCCACCCUCUCUUCGUUUUCGAUGGCCCGAAUAAGCCCCCGUUCAAGCGCAACAAGCGCACCGGACCCAACGUCGCCUCGAUCCCCGAGUUCCUCGCCAAGCAGCUCUUGAAACAAUUUGGCUUUCCCUUCCAUAUCGCCCCGGGCGAGGCCGAAGCCGAAUGCGCGCUUCUACAGCGAGAAGGGCUUGUGGAUGCUGUGUUGAGCGAGGACGUGGACACACUCAUGUUCGGCAGCCGGGUUACCCUGCGGAACUGGUCGCCCGAACAGAAGUCGAGCAAGGUGCCGACUCAUGUCAAUCUGUAUGAUGCGGACAAAACGAAGGCUGGCCCUGCAGGGCUUGACCGGGAGGGCAUGAUACUUGUCGCACUCAUGAGCGGAGGCGAUUACCUGCCUGAAGGGAUUCCAAACUGCGGCCCGAAGCUUGCGUGUGAGGCGGCUCGAGCUGGUUUCGGCCGUCGGCUGUGUGCCAUUGCGAAGAAAGACACUUCUGCUUUGCAAGCCUGGCGCGAGUCGCUCAUCCAUGAGUUGCGCACCAACGAGAGCAAAUUCUUCAGAUGCAAACACAAGGCGCUUGCCAUUCCGGACGAGUUCCCCCGCGCGGAUAUUCUUGCAUACUAUACAAAGCCUGCCGUCUCCUCGGGCCAAGCUCUGGAACGGCUGAAGAGAAACCUCCGCUGGGACCAAGAGCUGAACUUCCCGGAGCUGCGGACAUUUACUGGCGACGCCUUUGAAUGGGUGAAGGUUUCGGGAGCGAAGAAAUUCAUCCGCAACCUUGCUCCGGCGCUCCUUAUUCGAAACUUGCGCCUGCGAGGACAAGCUGCUACUGAAGGUGGUCUUUCCGAAGACCCUGAGGUCGUGGCAACCGAGGAAGCAGCGCUGGUGGCAAGCAUCCAUGGCAGGCGCCAGCAUCCUUCUACUGACAACACGCCUGAGCUUCGUGUUGCAUUUUCACCGAUUGGUAUUGUACAUAUUGACUUGGAUGCUGAAGAGCCGGACGAUGAGCCCGACGAAGACGACGACGAAGAAGAGGAAGAUCUUGCAAUUGCCGGGGACGAGGACGGCGAAGCGCCCAAGAAGCGUGGACCGUAUCUGUACGACCCAACUAAACUGGAAAAGAUUUGGAUUCCUGAAAGCAUUGUCAAGGUUGGCGCACCACUGAAAGUGCAGGAUUGGGAAGAGACUCAGCGCAAGAAGACUGCACCAAGACCAGCGAAGGUCACAAAACCCCGCGCCACUAAGCCAGUCACUACCGGUGGGAUGCAGAGAGGAGCUUUGGAUCGAUUUGCUAAAAUUUCCAAACCCGGUGUUACACGCCCACCGGCGAAGCGUCGGUCUCCCACCAUUGAGAGACUGGACCUUUCAAGGAACUGUGAGAAGGUGGAAGAAAUCCCCAGUGACUUGCCGCUGGCCUCAUCGACUCGAACGCGGAAGCCUUCGAAAGCACCUAGUUCACCUCCGCGGGCAGCGAAAGAACCCGUUCAUAUUGAGAUUUUGUCGUCGUCUCCAAUCAUGCUCACCAAGGAAACGGAGCCCCAGCGCCAACCUGCGGAUGCACAUUACAUGUCCACGAAUGUGACUAAGCGGGUUCGUACUCUGCAAACGAUUGGAACCUCAUCUAGUCAUUGCGUAGACACGCAGCCAAGCGAACCUACAGCAAUUCCCAAAACUUCACAGACAUUAUCAGUCGCGGGAGAUGUCUCCAAAUCGACUGCCUCUCAACGGGUCCGCGAAGGAGAGCUGAGUCGAGGGAGAUCUUCCAAAGCUCGGAAGGCUGUACAGGCAACAGGAACUGGGAGCUCACAAGCCAGCGGCCCCAGCACGCCGUCAAAACGGCGACAGCAGCAGAAAGAGGUACACGAUGUGUCACCUUCAAAGCGACAAACGACACUUGAGGAAUCCUUCAGGGUGUCAACGACCGUCUCUCCCUCAAGAGCUCGUCGAGAUCCUAUUUCAGCAGUGACUGACCGGGGUGUGACGGACGGUAUUUCCGGGCUUGAUGAAGUGGAAGCACUAGACCUCAGUGGCUCAUCUCCCCGUGUUUGCGAAACAAGGAUUCAGUCAAAUGGCAAUAAUUCAGUCCGAAUGCCGUCGCAGCUUCCUGAGCUCAGUAGUGAGGCGUCACGACGGUCAAGUCACGACAGAACGACAAGUCCAGACGAGAAGGCGCUUCAAGCCACAACCGGGAACGGGAGCAGGCGGCUGAAAACAGUCGGAACGCUGCACGACACCUUGCAUGAAACAAAACAGUCGUCUUCAAGAGGAACAUCGAAAGGUGUAUCGCUUGACAUGUCUUUGGGGCUACGGCGCUCACCACGCCAACUUCGCAAGGAAACGACCGUGGCAGGGCUUGUCUCGGUGCAGGGCGGCACGGAUUCUGCACGAGCAAGGGUAUCUCGGAGCUCAGCGCCCCACCCCGGCGACCCAGCUAGACAAGACUCGGGCCCGGACGUGGGCGUGGACGUGAUUCCAAGCCAGAUGAGCGAAAAGCCAAGCAGAAAGCAAGCGAUCAAAUUGCGCGAGAGCCUCCAAGGUAGCUGGAAGCUGGUUGACGCGUUGAGUGUAGACAUGGUGGACAUGACUGGCGAUGGGUCGGGCCAUGACGCGGGAGGCAGGAAAAUGACGGAAAGCAGGAGAAUUGCGGAAGGCAGGGAUGGCAGGCGGCGGCGGGCGUGGCGGCAGAGCGAGAUCGAAGUGCUCGACUUGACAAACGGUUAA